UUCGUUCCUUGUCUUCUCCUCGCCGGAUGUUUUGCGCGCCAGCCCACGUUUACAGACUCAAUGCAGGAAGUAACGACAAAUACGCGGGCCGCUAUUAUCGAGUUAAAAGGAUCGUUCGACACCCUGCUUACGAUUCCUUGACGAUCGAUUACGAUAUCGCCCUUCUCGAGCUCGACGACGAAAUCAGAUUUAACGAUAGCGUGCAGCCAGUGAAGCUGGCGGAAAAGGAACUCCCGAGCGGCGUUAUGGUGAACAUUACCGGAUGGGGUACGAUGACGCCUGGUGGAUGGGUGUCACCCCUGUUAAAGAGAGUGUCGCUCCCGACUGUGAAUAGAAGAACUUGUCAACUGAAAUACUGGUUCAUACACAACGUCACCGAUAGGAUGAUCUGCGCAGGUUAUCUGGAUCGGGGCGGCAAGGAUGCGUGCAAAGGUGAUUCGGGCGGGCCUCUCACCGCCAAUGACAUCCUCUACGGAAUCGUAUCCUGGGGAUACGGAUGCGCUAAUCCGAAUUAUCCUGGCGUUUACACCAACGUCGUAGCCUUUCGUCCGUGGAUAAAAUGGAUCAGCGGUUGCGAAAGAAUGUCCGAAAAAUUGAUCCCGUUACUUUGCGUUCUGCUGGUGUACACCGUUAAUACCGAAAGGCAGCAAUAUGUGGACAUCGCGGAUUACCCAUACCACGUAUCGAUCCAAAUAACGGGACAACACGCUUGCAGCGGCGCAUUCAUACACGAAUCCUGGAUUAUGACCGCGGCAUCCUGCGUUUUUAGGACAGAAUUGCCGAUGAUAACCGUGCGUGUCCGUACAUCCAACAUUUCCACGGGUGGUGAUGUAUUGGAGAUAAGCAACAUUGUAGUGCAUGAAAAUUUCGAUAAGUACGUGUACUUCAACGAUAUAGCGCUUAUCAAACUGAAAAUCCCCGCGGAGUUUGGAGAGAAGUUGCUACCAAUCGGACUACCUGAGAAAGGGAGUCGAGCAGACCGCGAUAGAGCAACGUGUGUCGUGACCGGCUGGAAGCGAACUCUGGGCCGGCCAACUGGAGGGAGCGUGGAACUCGCAGUGGCUGCUGUGGCGAUCGUAAAUCACGAUACGUGUGCCGAGAUGUUGCCGCGCUACAAGCCGUUGUCUAAGGAGAUGCUGUGCGCAUGCAACGCGAGCCGCGGCGCGGAAACGUGUCAGGGUGAUCCAGGUGCGCCUUUGGUGUCGGAACAGACGUUGAUCGGUGUCCUAUCCUACGGAUUAGGAUGCGAAACCAAUAUACAUCCAGGAGUGUAUACUCGUGUCAGCAGUUAUUUAUCUUGGAUCUUUGCAAACUCAGGUAUUAAUUAA